CUGGAGACACAAAACGUAACAUUUUUGUAUGAUGGACAUAUUCUAGACACCAAUCAUAGCCACUUUUGAUGCUCGCAGCUGACAAAAUGGUGAUCGUCGAAAUUGAUGAGUCUAUUUUAGUGAUUCGAGAUGCCGAAGCUAUCUAAUUGAAGCCUUCCGUAACAAGAUGGCACAUAUGAUGUCAGGCAUUAUAGUCUUCCCACGAUUUAAUUGACAUUGAUUGUGCCUUACUAAAACACAUCUUAGCAUCAUGAACCCUUCUCAAUGCCGAUCAGUCUUUCCUCAAAAUGCUGCUGCCCCUUGGGUCUAUCUCUUCAACCUCCACGGCAUUGAAAUGCAAUGGCGCCCCUUCGUCACUUUCUCUUCGAUCUCUUUCUGUUUGUUGAGGCGCUUCCCUUGACAGCUGUUAAUUUUACAUCUGCAUAUAUGAACGCCAUCCGUAAGAAAAAGAAAGUGCUGAUGAAAUGCAUUCAGUAUGUUGCGGCACACAAUUUUAAAAAAGUGCGGAAUUAAAAGUUCACUGAAACCGUGCACCAUUAUGCAACAGGAACGCCGAACUUGCGCGGAAAGAGUUUUGGACAAAGUUUUCUUCUAGUCUACACAGCUCUACAGUAGGGCUGUACAAAAAGACACCGCUUCCGCUAUAGUAAUUCGUGGGAGAUACUGCCGUAAAGGCUGUGUAAAGUGAAAAAGUUGUCAGUGCCUUUUAGUGUACGUUCCUAUUCGAAUUCUUCUGUUCUUACAAAGUGCCUUAUUUCAUGCCAAAUCCUUUGCCGACUCUUUUUCUUGGCUUUGAACCAAAAAUGAUAAUGUGCGG